AUGUCGGAGGCGCUGGAGGUGGAGGGGGCGUUGGCGUUGGCGUGUGCCGCAUACAUGGAGACGCACGACGCCACAACACGCGGGGGUGGCGAGGAGGGAAAGGGGGAGAAGAGGCGUCCGCCAAAGGGCGAGACGGCACCACAUCGACAGCGAUCAAAAAAGGUCAUUCCGGCGCAGCAGCAGCAGUCGGACAAAGAGUUUCUAGCGCACAAGCAGCAGGUCAUGGCGAACCUUGCCAGCAACGCGUGUGACAACAGUCCCAAAGGCGGUGUUGACCGCAACUGCCUUCCUCUCAUGCACGUGUUGAAUGAGCACCCUGACUACGUGACGACGAGCAGCUGCGGGGGCCGCAUCGCUCUCUUCCACAGUGUCACACCCCCAGAAGCCUGCGGUGAGCGCACCUUAGAUGACAGCCCUGUGACGGUAAAGCGGGGCGGCAAGGACGCGCUAGGAUGGUUAAUAGUGAAGCACGGUGUGCUGACGGAGAGUGAAAUUGACGUCCUCGUGCGCUGCCUUUGUGGUGAUGGCGGAAGCAUUGCAGCCACUGCGACAAGAGCAACGGGAGGAAAUGAAGAGGACACACAGCAGGAAGAGUUGGGCGGCGUGUGGGUGCAGGCAGGGGGAGCGUUGAGCCCCUCCCCUCUCCCAACAUUUGGUAGCGUCGCGUUGAAGAUGGAGCCGUUCGUCAUGCACGUUGCGUGCCGUACCAUGGCGAGUGCGAAGCGGCUUCUCACCGCUGCUGUGAGUGACUGUGGGUUCCGCAACAGCGGCGUCACACCACCGGGGCGGCGUACGAUGUGUGCGAUCCGCCACGCCACUGGCCAUGGCCUCGAUGUUCCACUCAUUGUCGAUGGUGUCAAUUACGUUUUCGGGCAGCACACCUACGUGCGGCGGCUCUUGCAGUUGGCGAAUGAAAAAAUGCGUGGGAACGACGCCAAACUCCGCCGGCUGGAGGCAGGUGUUGCUGCUCGCCUUGUUGAAUAG